GACGCGGAACCGUAUUCAUUCGCAUUGUGCUGGUUUAUGAACAUAGAAAUGGAACUUUUGAUUCACUUUUAAAGGAUUCAAGUGGACAGAUACGCAAAUGCGGCUUGUAGUGUUUUGUAUGUGUUUUUAUUUAUAGUAAGACAGAUUAUCAGUAUCACAAGCAUGUAAAACACAGCUUCUAUUUAAACUUGUUUGACGUGUUUUGUGAGGAAGACACUAUGGAUAUAUUCCGCGCUAAAGUGGAUUGCAGCUCCUAGUGGCGUUUUCUGUUGAGUUCGGAUUACCAACACUUAUUGCCGAAUUGAAAAUCAAAUGUUCCCGCCUGAUAAACAGAACAUGCUGAACACUCUGAUGUCCUAUCAAUGAAAGUGAGUGAUAAUGAGGGAGCUUCUAGCAUUCAACGGAAAAGCUGGGAAGCUCAACGAGGGUGUUUUUACAACGUUGAAAUUAAUAUGCCGGCCCGAGAAAGCAAAACAAGCAAAACAAGGAAACGCACCACAAGGCAAUAACACAACGCGUGUGUCAAAAGGUGAUGUCCCUUUGUACAACACGCGUCUUGUUAUACGCACGGUGGAAAAACAUUGGGCGGGUGAUCUCUCUGAGGAAGAUAUAGAGAAAAACCUGGAGCAGACAAUUCUACAUUAUGCAAUCGUUCCCCAAGUGGCCUACUACAGAAAUGCACAGACUGUUAGCUUCGUCGCACCAUUUUUUGGAGGGGGGACCUUAGAUGAAGUAAUACAGAGAGAAAGAGAAGAAACAGCAAAGAUUGCAACGGAAAGACCGUCUAAGAGAAAACCGGAAAUAGAAGCGGAAAGACCAUCUGAGAGAAAACAGGAAAUAACAGCGGAAAGUUCGCAAACGUUAGAAUGGAGAGAUAAGUUGCGAAUACUUUACCAAAUAUGCCGGGCCAUUGAAUAUCUUCAUCAGCCACCAGAAUGCAAAAGAAAACCUGUAUCCCAUGGCGACAUUUGCAUGCAAAACGUUCUAUUGGAUGAGCAGAAGAAUGCCCGAUUGUUAUUUCUAUCGCCCAAAUCGGUCGAAGGAGAAGUUGGGGAUAAACAGUUUCAAGAGGACAAAAACAAAGAUGUACAAGCCUUCACAGACAUGGCACAUGACCUCCUUGGACAAAGUGGGAAGAAAGCAGCAUCAUACCUUCUUCCACGUAUACAAGAGGCUGUUACGAUAACAGAUAUAAAAAAAGAAUUGGAGUCGGGUCUCAGAAAAGAAGAUAUCAAGUACUGGACUUCAACGCAAGACGAUGGAAAAAAGAAAGACGACGAUGGAAAAAAGAAAGACGGCGAUGGAAAAAAGAAAGACGCAGGUGUAACUAAGAAAGACAGAUGUGAGAUUUGCUGCGUAAAUAAGCCUGAGAUGACAUUCGUCAAACUUCAACAUGCUAAAAGUUGUCCCUCCAAAAUAAAGAUAUGCGUUGGUUGUCUGUGGAACUGGCAAUACAAUCCCGUCAAGUGCCACUCGUGUGAUCAAGAGAAAAUACAGUCCCCAGUCGGUGAUCGCUGGGGUGCCAUUCUCAUAGCGGGCACAGAUACGAAUGAGGACAUUACCAAAUGUUUUGAAGAUGAUAUAAAAAAGCUGGAAAAUGAAGUUAUUACAAACGUUACUUUGAUGGGUGUUAGGGACAAUGUUGUUACAGUGAAGAAAUCUACAACAACGUACCGUGAACAAUUGAAGAACGCGUUCAGCAAGAUUGGUAUUUCAAAGAUCAACACCAUAGUAUUAGUUUAUUCUGGUCAUCAUGGGGAUGAAGGAUUUCAAUUAGACACUCACACGCUGAAAGACUGUGAGCUUGUAGACGAAUUCAAUCGUCUUAAACAUGUGACGAAAGUUAUUGCAUUUCUAGAUUGCUGUCACCCAAAGAAGCUUAUUCUGGACAAAAAAGCGGUGUUGCAGUUUAAUGCCGUAACAAGCAAACAAUCAGCUAUCUCUAGACCAAGAGGUAGCCUGUUUGUAAAUGACAUUGUCAACGUAUUGACAAAUCCAUGGGAAUAUAAGUGUUUCGAAAAUACACCUUUAAUAAGAGAUUAUGACAUGCACAAGUAUUUCAACAAGCACCCUUACAAUUCGUCGAUAGAAACGUCACAACUUUCAAACACUGAUGGAGAUCUUGACCACAUUCUUACAUUUAGACCGGUUGACCCUGGAUGGCUGAAAGCGUUGGAAGAAUCAUUAGAAAGCAGCCCAUUGCAAGACUUUACAAUGGAGCUAUUUAAACUAUACGACAAAACUGCAAGCAAAAUGUCUAUUCCGCUUGACAUAGAUGUGGUGCUUGAGAAAAUAUAUGAAAGUCCUCAACUUACUCUAAAAAACAAUGCCAAAGACGAAGGGAACGACAUAACUGAGUUGAUUGACAUUUUUCAAAACGAAAAAGGCACAUUGGCUAAAACAGUACUUGUUGAAGGCGAGCCAGGGUCGGGAAAAUCAUCCCUAUGUAAGAAGAUAGUUCAUGAAUGGUGUAAAACUAAAGGGAGGACAAUUCAUUCCCGAACAAAAACUAAAUGGAACGAAAUAUCUUGUCAAUUUGAAUUUGUGUUUUACAUAAUUCUCCGCGAGGCAAUGGAAGAAUGUUCCAUAAAAAAAAUGAUAGUAUCAAAUAUCGUAGAGAAGAUUGGCAAAAACGAAACUAGCAUCAAAAAGGAGAUCGGCAUAGACAAAACAAGGGGAGAAGAAUUGCUUGGAGAAAUCUUGAAAUCCAACACUUGUCUGCUUCUCCUUGAUGGUCUAGACGAAUGGCAGCACCCUAAUGGAUGCUUUUUGGACGAAAGAAUUCCCCAUGAUUGUACAAGUUGGGAAAACUGUACCAUUCUCAUAACCACAAGGCCAUACAAUCUGGCUGAGCUGAUUAAAAAACCCUCACAGAUUGACAAACAUGUGAUGUUGAAAGGAGUUUCGAGACCGGAAAAUCUCGUUGAGAAAAUAGUAUCUAGUUUAAAUGAUUUACCAGGCAAAGGGCCGUCCCAGAACACAGAAGGCGCAAGAACACCACUGAACCACAAGCUUUGCAUUCAGGAAGUAAAAGGAAAAGAUUUGUGGCAUUUCAGUAAAUGUCCAAUCAUGUUAGCUCACGUCGUUUGGCUUUGGUACAAGGAUGAGCUUUCGACAAGUAUGAAUCUUUCUGAUUUAUAUGAUACGUUGCUAAAAGAACGAUGUUUUGAAUCGUGCGACAAGAAAAUCCAACCUUCUGGACCAAAAGACGAGGAAAUUAUAUCCACCCUGAGCGAAAUAGCAUUUAAAAAGUUAUUUGCUGAAGAUGAAAAUCAUACAAUUGUAUUUGAAAUAGAUGAGGAGAAAAAUGUGACCUUCAAGAAACAUAAAAAAGCAUCUCUUGAAUCUGGCAUCAUAUCCAGUACCCAAGUUAGACGCGGUCCUCCGCGUUAUUACUUCUUGCACAAAACUGUUCAAGAGUACUUAGCGGCGCUGUGGAUAUCAAAAGACGUUGCAGAGGGUUGUUCACAUAUCAAACACACAUACAAAAAGAACAGAAGAGAAAGCGGAGUUAGCUUGUCUCAGAUUUUAAUUUUCCUUUGCAAUAUGAAUACAAAAGCUGCUGAAGACCUUUCCAAAGAAAUGAACGAGUUGUUCACGGACUUUUGCGAUAGAGUUGGUUAUUCUCAUCGGGAAUCGGAGAUGCUGCAGAAUACAAUCCUACGAGCCCAAAAAGAGCUAGACAGGAGGGACAAAUCAGGGAGGAAAUUGUGCCUGAAGCACAUCUUUCUUAAGGAUCACAUCGGUGCAUCACGAGUUGAGAAAGAUUUAGAACAAUAUGUGAAGACAAACCAAUCACACAUAGUGUCAUUGUUUAUCGGACUCAAGCCAAACAUUCCAUUCCACUUUGCGAACAGUAGCAACAACGAAGUUCUUGAUUUAAAGAAUUGCAAGGGUUUAAAGUAUUUACGACUACUCUCGAUAAGCUUCAAAGAUGUCAUUGGUUUGAAUUUGAGUAAUCUUGUAGAAUGCAGUAUACAUUUCGAACAUCCUCAGCAAGCUCCGAAUCUUACAUCUACAUUCUACAACUAUGAUAUUGAGUGCUUGCAAGCAAUGAAAAAACUUGAUUUGUCAGGUCUGAAGGACUUCCACUGGUUGCAUAAAGAUUCAGAACGAAGCGGAGUUCUUGAUUUACGACGCCUUGGAAACCUUGAACAUCUUGGAUUGAACGGACUGCCUUACUCAGAUGUGGUGAAUCUACCAGUGUUUAGACUACACAGACUAGAAGUAGGAUUUAAUGAACUACAGCAAGCACCACAGUUUAUGUCAAUGUUAAUAACACAUCAAACAUGCAAGAAUGAACGGGAAGGACUUUUCUCUCACCUGAAAGACUUAUCCUUGGAAAAUGUCCGCAUGUCAGAGGAGAAGUUCAGACGACUAUCGCUGUCUUUCAUUACAGCGGGAGAUACGUCAUUGGUGUUGUCGUGGUGUUCCAUAGAACCGGAAGAUGAUGUACCGCAGCUUCAGGAUGAGUACGAGCAGCAGGUAGUACCAUCUGAUUGUACAACAAGCAUUGAUCUUCACUUACCCAAGUGGCCUGCUAUCCACUCACCUGCUCAAACAGCACAACUCAGAUUUAGAUUCGUAUCAUUAUCAACGGACGUAAUUGAGCGUCUCGUCAGUCAAGCGUUAGUAUCUGGACAUUGGGUUGAGUGUGUGCUAGACCAGUGUAGUAUAGGGCCUCCUCCGGAUAUCAGGUCAUUGAAGGAGAAUAUGGAGACUAUCCCUGCCAUUCAGAUUGAGACAUUCGAGUUCGAACCAAACAACGACACGCCUCAUUGGCUGUGGCCCACAAAGUAUAAGGGUGACCAAACAUGGAACAUUCGUUUCAAAGUAAACGCAAAGAAGUCUACACUCACUUAGUCCACUGCAGAGAAGCCCGAAGUUACGGAAUGUACACGCAUGUAGAACGAACGUCGUAAUGUUUGACAACGUGAGAUCACCACGGACAGUUCAUACAUGCUAAGUGUUAUUAGACCGUUUUAUACAAUUUGUGCCUGCAUGGACACUUAGAGUCCAAUAAGGCGAAGUGUAACGAGCACAAUUGCCAUUUUGGAGACUUAGAGUUCAAUAAGGCAAAGUGUAACGAGCACAAUUGCCAUUUUGGAUAUUUAGAGUUUAAUUUGGCAGUGUAAAAAAAGAAACAAUUGGUGCCCGCAAUUGGGAUACGUAUGCAAAGUGUAAGAAAAACAAUGUACACAAUUUGUGAGACUAAACGUAUUUGGAAAUGCUUUCGUAGAUACUUAAAUUACAAAUUCAUUUUAGUAUACAUUUCUGUAAAUACUCUCGUUAUUUGAUAGUUUUUUUCACAAGGUAUAGAAAUGUCCCUUUUCUUGAAUAAUAUGUAUCGUUUUUUAAAACAAAGUUUGAAAGAUAAUUGCUUAGUUUCUUGUUGAUAGAAUGAUGCAAUUAUGUGUUGUAUAUUAUAACAACAUAUGUACAUACGGUGAAAACAACCAUAGUUAUUUUUUUCCAUUUGCCCUCCCCCUUAUUAAGAGUCACCUUCUGCAUUUAGCCCCCUUUAUCUCGAGUCAUAUUGUGUAUUUUGUUCCCCUUGAUCAACAGUUAUCCUUUCCAAUUGGCCCCUUUAUAAACUGUUAUCUUUACCAUUUGGCCCCUUUAUCAAAGGUUGUCUUUUUUAUUCGCCCCCCUUUAUCAAGAGAUAUAUUUUAUAUUUAGCCCUUUUUUAUAAAGAGUUAUCUUUUCAAUUUGGACCCUUUAUCAAGAGUUAUCUCUAAAUUUAACCCCCUUUUUCAAGAGUUAUCUUUUAAAUAAAACCGUUUUUAUAAAGAAUUAUCUUUUCAAUUUGGGCAAAGAGAUAUAUUUUCUAUUUUGACCAAUUAAUCAAUAAAUUUAUUUGGUAUCCUUUAUCAGGAAUGAUCUUGUCCAUUUGGCUUCCUUUUUCAAGACUUAUAUUUUUUUUCACCCCCCUCCCCCUUUAUCAAUACUUGUUUUUUCUAUUUGGUCCCCUACAUCAAGAGUUAUCAUUUAUUAUUUUCCCCUUUAUCAAUAGUUGUUUUUCCUAUUUUGUCCCCUAUUUGUUCAGAUAUCAUAGAAUAAAGUUAGUGUGUUUUUAGAUGACAUAUACAGUAUGUAUCAUUGGAAGAAAAGAAACAAGCGAAAGAGUGUAUAACAUACUGUUUGUUAUAUACAUUUUUCCAUGAUUCAUUUUUGUUUUCUUGUAUUUAUACAUUCAUGAACAUUAUUUCAAUAUCCUUUAUCAAUCAGUAUCUAUUGAGACAGAAAUAAUUGUGUCGUUAUGUUCCUAUUCAUAAGUUCUGAUCAUGAUAAAUGGUAGUUGAAUGUUUGCUUUGUACAAUUUGUAAAUAUGUUUUUUGAAUGAAAAUAAGUUAUUUUGAACUAAAAACACGAAGGAAUGAAAACUAGUUCGUACUUUUGUGCAGAUUUUGAUGCAUUUUGUGUUUAAUUUCUAUCAAUUGUAGUAUUCCCUUGUAAGUUAAUAAUAGUAAUAAGAAAGCGGUAAGUGAAAUGAAAUAUCAUUGUAUGAUUAUUAUUUUAGCGUUGAAUAACCUGUGAAAAUCUUGUUUUGGUACAAAAUUUCAUUCAUGACGAAAAACUUUAUGAAAAACUGAACGAAAUCAAAAUGUACACGUUUCAUUGAAAUUUACUUACUAAGAAUAUCUCUGUUUAUACCUUAACCUUCGUUAUUCAUAUCAGUUGUAGUUAAAUAAGUACAUUGUUCAUUUAUUCAACUGAUUAGACGGUACAUAUACGUACUAAACAUUGUAUGAUGUUUUGUAUUUUGCUUUGUAUAACUUGUAUAUACAGUUAUUGGAUGAGUUAUUGUUUUCUGAAAGGUAACAAAAAACUUCAUGAAAAACACAAAGAAAUCAAUAUGUGAACGUUUCCUGAAAUUUAUGGAAAUUUAUGCAUAUAAUUUUUAACCUUGGUUAUUCAUAUCAGUUGUAGUAUUCCCAUAUAAAUAAAUACAUUGUUCAUGUUUUCAACUUAUUAGACGGUACAUGUACGUAAUGAUCACUGUAUGAUAUUUUGUAUUUUGCUUUGUAUAGCUUAUGAUCAUAGUUAUUGGAUGAGUUUUUAUUUUGUUAAAAGGGAAAGACGCAUUGUUUUAUGGAUAAAAAAUUGAAUUUAUAACAAAACAACUUCAUGAAAAACACAAAGAAAUCAAUAUGAACACGUUUCAUUGAAAUUAAAAUAAUUAAGAAUAUCUAUGUAUAUACAUUAACCUUGGUUAUUUAUAUCAGUUGUAGUAUGCCCAUGUAAAUAAGUACAUUGUUAAUAUAUUCAACUUAUUAGACGGUACAUGUACGUAUGAUGUUUUGUUUUUUGCUUUGUACAAGUUUUGAACAUAGUUAUUGGAUGAGUUAUUGUUUUGUUAAAGGGAAAGACGCCUGAACAAAUGAAGUUGACGGUACAAGAACGUACGUUAAAUCUUUUUUUUUCAUUGUAUGAUAUUUCGCUUUGUACAAGUUUUGAACAUAGUAAUUGGAUGAGUUAUUGUUUUGUUUAAGGGAAAGUCACCUUAACAAAUGAAGUUGACGGUACAAGAACGUGCGUUAAAUCUUUUUGCUUUUCCAUUGUAAUGAGUAUAGUGUUGAUGUAUUGAAAAUAGUAAACGUUAAAUGAAAGAAGGUUAAUGAUGCCUGUAAUUCAUUUACAUUUCGUAAGUUAAUUACUAUAUUGUUCAAUUACUGAACGCAGUCGACGUUGCAUCAAUGUAUAUUGAUUGACACAAUAUGGUGACUGAUAUGUAUUUGCUUUCCCAAAUUGUCAUUAUUGUAUGUUUCAAUUACUGAGCUUAAUAGACGGAACAUAAACGUAAGGUAAUGAUGUAUGCAAUUCAAUUACUUUCCCAUGUUCAUUUCUAUUUUGUUCAACUUGUUGAACUUAGUAGAUAUAUCAUUAACGUCCAUUUAUGGUGUCUGCAAUUAAUUUACUAUUCAAUGGUUAAUUACUAUAUUGUUAAGUUUAUAAGCUUAGCAGAUGGAACAAUAACGUAAGUUAAUGGUGUCUGCAAUUUAUUAAAUAUUCGCAUAUUAAUUACGAUAUUGUUAACUUAUUGAAAUAAAAAGACGUUAUAUUAAGGUAGGCUUAUGUUGUCUGCAACUUAUUAACUGUUCAUAAGUUAAUCACGCUAUUGUUCAAUUACUGAACGUAGCAGAUGGAACAUUAACGUAAGUUAAUGGUGUCUGCAAUUUAUUUACUUUUCAGUUUAUUACGAUAUUGUUCACCUAUUGAACUAAGUAGACGUAAUAUUAACGUAGGCUUAUGGUAUAUGCAAUUUAUUUACUUUUUAUAAUAAUUGCGUUUCGACAUGAGGGUGUUUUAAUGCAAUAUUUAACUUUUUAUAAGUUCAUUACGAUAUUGUUUACUUAUUUAACUACGAAGACGUAACAUUAACGUAAGCUUAUUGUAUCUGGUAUUUAUUUAAUUCUCAUAAUUAUUGCGUUUCGACAUGAGGGUGUUUUAAAAAAGGCAAAGGUUUUUUUUUUCGAAAUAUGGCCAAAUCUUAACUGUCUAGGCCGAAAUCGUUUCAAAGUUUCAAAAUGAUGUAAGUGCUUUUUUAUUCAGUCUUAUACAGUUUAUAAAGAAAGAUAUAAUUUUAUUGGAUAAAGUCAAAUAUUCCCAAGCGUGAAUUAAAUAUCCAUGCUUUUGCAGCUUUUAAUUACCCUCAUUGUUGAUGGAAAUGUUGUAAAAUAUAAGUGCUGCAAGCAUGCUGUGUUAAUGUCUAUGUAUGGACGAUGUGCAAUUAUUCCGUUUUGUAUUGAGUGGAAUAGUGAGUUUUAAUUCUGUAUAUUGAUGGUGUGUAUUUACUAUUAGUGUGAUGAUGUGUAUUAACUCUGUGUUUAAAUGGCGUGUAAUAUCUUUAUGUGUGUAUGGUGUGAAGUGACUCUAUGUAUGCAUUGUGUGUAAUAACUCUAUAUAUGGAUUGAUUUUAAUUACUAUAUGUAUGGAUUGUGUGUUAUAACUAUAUGUAUACAUGGUGUGUAAUAACUCUAUGAAUGGAUGGUGUGUAAUAACUCUAUGUAUGAAUGGUGUGUAAUAACUGUAUGUAUAGAAGGUGUGUAAUUACUUUAUAUAUGGAUGGUGUGUAAUAACUGUAUGUAUGGAUGGUGUGCAAUAACUCUAUGUAUGAAUGGUGUGUUAUAACUCUAUGUGUGAAUGGUGUGUAAUUACUCUAUGUGUGAAUGGUGUGUAAUAACUGUAUAUAUGAAUGGUGUGUAAUAACUGUAUGUAUAGACGGUGUGUAAUUACUCUAUGUAUGGAUGGUGUGUAAUAACUGUAUGUAUGGAUGGUGUGUAAUAACUUUAUGUAUGAAUGGUGUGUAAUAACUCUUUGUAUGAAUGGUGUGUAAUAACUCUAUGUAUGAAUGAUGUGUAAUAACUAUAUGUAUGAAUGGUGUGUAAUAACUCUAUGUGUGAAUGGUGUGUAAUAACUGUAUAUAUGAAUGGUGUGUAAUAAAUGUAUGUAUAGACGGUGUGUAAUUACUCUAUGUAUGGAUGGUGUGUAAUAACUGUAUGUAUGGAUGGUGUGUAAUGACUUUAUGUAUGAAUGGUGUGUAAUAACUCUAUGUAUGAAUGGUGUGUAAUAACUAUAUGUAUGGAUGGUGUUUAAUUACCCAGUGUAUAGACGGUGUGUUAUAAUAUCUUUUGGAUGGUAUGUAAUAACUGUAUGUAUGGAUGGUUUAUAAUAACUCUUUUUUAAGAUGGUGAUUAAUUACUCUAUGUUUGCAUGGUGUGUACAACUAUAUAUUUGGAUGGUGUGUCCUAACUCUUUAUAAGGGAUUAUGUUUUACCACUCUACGUAUGGACCGUUUGUUAUAACUCUUUGCAUGGAAUGUUUUUAAUAAAUAUAUUUUUAUGGUGUGAAAUAACUCUUUUUAAAUGGAUGAUGUGUAGUAAUUGUAUGUGUGGGUGCUGGGUUACAGCUGUAUGUUUGGAUAGUGUGUAAUAACUCUACGUAUAGGUUGUGUGUAAGAAAUGUGUGUAUGGAUGAUGCAUUCUCACCAUAUUUAUGGAUUAUGUGUAAUAACUGUAUGUAUGGGUUAUGUGUAAUAACUGUAUGUAUGGAUUAUGUGUAAUAACUGUAUGUAUGGAUUAUGUGUAAUAACUGUAUGUAUGGAGUAUGUGUAAUAAAUCUAUGUAUGGAUUAUGUGCAUUAACUGUAUGUAUGGAUUAUGUGUAAUAACUGUAUGUAUGGAUUAUGUGUAAUAAAUCUAUGUAAAGAUAGGUAACAUUAACUAUAUGUAUAAAUUGUGUGUAGAAUUAUGUGUAUGGAUGAUGCAUUCGAACUAUAUGUAUGGAGUGUGUGAAAUAAGCAUAUAACAUACGAUGUGUUGUAACUAUCUAUGGAUUGUGUGUUAUAAGUAUAUGUACGGACCAUGUGUAGUAACUUUUAAUGGAGUACUAAUUUGUCAAUAGAGUGGAGUCGUAUUUUUACUGUAAAAAUGAACAUAUCUAGCUUUGUUCAUAAAUAACUAUUUUUUUAAUUUAAAUUUCAGCCAAUUAUUGAAUAGAUGUCUGUAUGAUAUAUAUAUAUUGUUUUCAGAGAUUGAACAAAUGUGUUUAUGUGGUGUGUAUUGCUACUAGAGAUUGAGUAAAUGUAUGUGUUUGAUAAACAUAGCUA